GCCAUGCCUAGAAUUUUAGCAAAUUUUGAUUGUAAAUUUGUAAAAAGGUUAUUUUUUUCAGUGUGUAGUUUUAAUGUGUUAAAAAUGUGUAAAAUUUUAUCCAAAGUUUAGUACUUUGUUUUCAUUUUCUCUCAGAAUUUAGACCAUGUCAUUUACAAAGUUGGUUGAUUUACAGAAAAUACCUGCGCAACCAUUAAGAAGACCAAGACAUUUAUCAAAUUCUUUUCCUGAAGAAUCACUUCCAACUGAAAAAGCAUCAGAAAUCGAUAUGAAGAAAUGGAUUGCAUUAAACAAUGAAUUGAUGCACCUGAAUGAAAAGAAUUAUGCAAAGUAUAGUACAAUGUUUGUUAACAGACUUGUAAAUAUUAUUCGGGGAAGUAUUUCUUCCUCUUCAAAUUCUACACCUGCUGCUAUUCUGUAUUUGUUGUAUGAAAGAUCUAUCCGUGAACUUCUAACAAAGUCUUUUCCAGUGUCUGCAAAUAUAAUAGAUACCCUUACGUCAGGUUGUUCUGACAGCAUUUUCGAAUGUGUUCAGCCACUGAUACAAGAACAUCUAAAAUUAUUACAAAAAAAGCUUCGGAAUGUUUCACCCUUAAAUGGAACUGACAUUGGAGUUAUGUGUCUGUUAAUAAACAUGUAUAAGUUGAAUAAAAUGGUAGCAAGAGAGACGAAAUCCAUUGUGAGUGUUAUUGAACAAAUAAUUGCCGACACCAGAGAAUAUAUAGAAUCACUGGCCAAUGAUUAUGGAACUCUUAAUGAUGUUUUCAUGUUGUUGGCAUAUGGUUUAAUUUGUUAUUCAUUACACAGCGAACAUAAAAGUGAACAUAUUCUUUUGAUCCAAAAGUUAAUUCGAACAGUUUUGGUGAAAGGUAGUGGUUCCAUUACAAAGUUUGGCAAAGUUUUAGGCUUGGAUGUUUUAGAACAAGUAUGUAACAAGGACAAAAAGGUCAAUUUGUAUUUAGAAAUAUAUAAAAAAAUUGUGAGGUCAGGCACAUACAUUUUAGAUGGUACUGAAGAGUUUUUGCAGGAAGUUCCAUACCCCUUGAAUAUUGACAAUCCAGCUGCUCUAGAUCGUCAGUUGAGCAACAGUGAGAGUGAUGAGUGUCGCCGUUCAAGCACUCCCUCCACUGAUGAUGACUCAAGCAUUAAUAUGACAGUAGAUGAUGAAAAAAGACCAUUAGAUGCAAGUGGUGAUGAUGUUGAAAGUGAUGUUUUUAGUGCAGAAGAGCAAGGACAAUCUGGUAAACCAUCUUGGAGCAGAAAAAUCUCUGAAACACAUUUUGUAGCUGAAGAUCAGGAAAAAACGACCAAAACAAUAAGAAUUCCAGAACGUUGUGUUGGCAGAGUUGUUGGUUAUGAAGGUGCAGUUUUACGAAAACUGGAAAUUCAAACAAACACUACCAUCAUGAUGAAUCAGAUGGAAGAACCGGAAAGGUCAGAUACCACUUGUUUAACUGCACAUCGACUUAUCACUGGUGCACUUGGUAUGAAACCCCAGCUUGAUGAGGAGAAGGUACUGGAAGAAAAAAAGAAAAUCAGCGAUGCAAAAGUAAAAAGGCAAACAGAACCCAAACAAGAACAAAUGAGAGAGCUUUCCAUAACUGGCUGCGAUGAGGAUAUAAAAAAGGCAGAAGAGAUGAUCGACAAUGUCAUAACACGUAUUGUUACCAUAAAAAUUCCACUCGAGUUUACUGUGGAUGAGAUACUCAAUCGAUUUAGUAACAAGUUAAAAACAAUCGAGGCAUUAUUGAAUGUAUACAUGGAGAUAGUGGAGCAAGAUGAUGAUAAAGUGGAGAUAACAAUUAGUGGAGAUGAGAAAAGUUGUAGGGAUGGCAAGAAACUUAUAUUCGAAGAAGUUGGAAGUUUUCGUUCGCAACACGGUCAUUUCUUCUACAUCCCGACGGAGAUGAUGGCUUGUCUUGACAACAUACAGGGGGUGCGCACAUUUGUGAGUAAUGCUCUACGCAUCUCAGGUGGAAGGAUCGUUAUCAUGGAAAACGACAAUGGUUUGGGCGUCUUUAUUUCUGGCUUCCCUUAUCAAGUCUCGAAAGCAUUGCAGAUAUUUCAGAAAACUAAUAUUGAGCUUUUGUGGUGCAUAAGCGAGGCGCCAGAUAAAAGCGAGAAGUUCUCUGUGCAAGAGUUAUGCGACUAUGUGGACAAACGUUUUACGGGCGAUAAAUCAUGGCGUGUUUCGCCUACGCUAGCGCGCAAAGAAAUUUCCACUGCAGAAGUUGAAGAUACCAAGCAACGAUUUGUAUAUACUAGAGACGACUUGUUAGCUUUAGCAAAAUGUAUGUUGGCUAAUCAGUUUCCGGAAUCGUUAAAGAAGGUGUUGCACGAUGAACCUGCUGUGGAAUGCAUGAUCUUGGAAGAGCCUUUAAAGAGACAAUCUGAGAAAGCUGAGUUUAUUGAUUACGACCGUCGCAGAAAUGGCACAGAAACAAAGUCUACACAAGGACCAGAAACAACGGCCGUACGAAAGCAGAAAAAAACGGUCGUACGAAAGCAGGAAACAACGGUCGUACGAAAGCAGGAAACAACAGUCGUACGAAAGCAGGAAACAACGGACGUACAAAGACCAGAAACAACGACUGCAGAAAAACACAUUUUAGGUACAUCAACCGAACCUAGUGAUUUGUUGAAACCAUCAAACAAUCUUGAUACAAUUAAGACAGAAACAAAUGUUGACAUUUCACUAAUUCAAAAUUUCACCCAGAAAGACAACAUAUUAUUACCUCAUGCAGUUAGUUUUAAUGCUUCUGAGGAAGAAGAAAUAUUUGAUAAUGCUCUAACAAUGGCAGCAGAAGUUAACUUUGAUAAAACUUCCAGUGUAACGGCAGAGAAAGUUGUAGUUGUAUCAGCGACUGGAAAUCGGCCGGAAGUAACCUUCUUUCCGCCAGCGUUCUACAACCCUAGAAGCAUCCACCAGCAUACCACACCAAUGUUUCCGCCAGGUGCUGUCUUCCCAACUGUCCCAUGUCAGGAUGGCGGUUUAUGCUACGUAAAGCCGGUUUAUCCAGUAUACAAGGAAGUCAACGGCUUUCUAACAAUGAGUCACUACGCUACGAUUUGAACUUUCCUCUCAUUUUCAGGGGUUAACGCAGCCAACAUUUCAAGAAGUCUUGAUGUCGUUGUCUUCGCCGAAGCUCUGGGGAUAUGACGUGUAACGUUAUUAAUAUAAUGUCGUAUUUGAUGUUCCAAAUAUGUUAUGUUUUUAAACAUACUUCUUUUAAACAUAUUUUUUGGUUAUGUAGCUUGUAUUUUUCGCGUAACUUGUCCCGCCCUUCCGCCAAUUUAUUCUGCGCUAUAAACUCCUUCCACCCUCACCAGUAAUUACUCUCAAUUUCCACACAAAAAAAUCAUGUUUCUUGUAUUUUUUGCGUAGCUUGUCCUGCCCUCCCGCCAAAUCAGUGUGCGCCAUUUACCCCUUUCACCCCGCCCCCCCCCCCCCCCCCCAGAUCUACAAAAAUAAAUCCUUUGUAAAAUUUUACCAAAUGUGUACGGUCAAUUUCCCCGUAGUUGUUUUGUUCGAGAAAUAUUGUGUUCGAACCUUUAAUAUUAGUCUUCGUUAAAAAAACAUUUCUGCUACAGGUUUGCUUGCCCUUCUCCCAUCUGUUCUCUACAAAUAAUCAUUAUUUCCAUGGCCAAGAUUUUAAAACAGAAAAAGUUCAUAUUAAUAUUUUUAUUAUAUUUAACGAAGAGUGUUUUGGAAACUGUUAUUUUUGUUUCAGUUCUGUAUAGCUGGAAAACUUAGUUUUCUUUAAAAAAAAUGUAUUUUUGACCAAAAAGAUUUUGUAAGCAGAGAGACAUAUUUAUUUACAAAAGAUAUUUAUAUCAUCGGAAAUAAA